GUGUAUUUGUAAAACAAAAUGGGAGGUUUAGACAUAGAGUACUGCAUGUCAAUAAUGACUAUGGUGUUUAUACAAAUUAUAUAUGCAGGUAUGAGUCUUGGAAGUAGAGUUGUUUUUUUGCAGGGUAUGAGUCCAAGAGUAUUUGUAGUCUACCGUCAUGCUUUUGCAACUAUUCUUCUUGCUCCCAUUGCUUAUUUUUCAGGGAGAAGCUCUGGCUCAUAUACCUUAAAUUUAAGGAGUUUUUCCUUGAUAUUUUUUAACUCAAUAAUUGGCGUUACGUUGAGUCAGAAUUUAUAUUUUGAGGGCCUAUACCUAACAUCAGCUUCAAUUGCAAGUGCCAUGUCCAAUCUUAUUCCAGCAGUCACAUUUUUAAUAACAGCUUUUAUAGGAAUGGAGAGAGUGAAUAUUAAAAGUUUGAGAAGUAUAGCCAAAAUAAUUGGGACAAUAAUAUGUGUAAGUGGAGCAGUGUGUAUAGCAUUGUUGAAGGGUCCAAAGCUACUCAAUUCAGAAAAUCUUCAUUCAAAAUCAAUCAUAGGCACAACUUCCGGAAGUGAUGAGAAUUGGCUGCUUGGAUGUAUGUUUCUCAUUGGAAAUAGUGUAUUUUGGUCAAUUUGGAUCAUUUUGCAGGUUCCAGUAUAUGCAAGUCAUCCUAAUUACAUAUCAGUUUCAGCUUGGACAUGUUUCUUGUCAACAAUACAUUCAUCAUUAGUGACAUUAUUCUUGGAGCCAGACCUAAAUGCAUGGAAGAUCAAUUCUAUAUUUCAAUUUAGUUGCACUUUAUAUUCAGGAAUUAUGGGAUCUGGUUUAGUAUUAUGUCUCCAAGCAUGGUGCAUUAAAAACAGAGGACCUCUCUUCUCUGCAAUGUUUAAUCCCCUCUUCACAUUGAUUGUUACUAUUUUUGCUGCCCUGUUACUUCAUGAGGAAAUAUACAUUGGAAACUUGAUAGGUGCAAUUGGAGUCAUCAUUGGCUUGUAUGUGGUGCUUUGGGGUAAAGCUCAAGAUGUAGUUAGUGGAAAAUAUAAGAUAGAUCCAAAAUCAAUGGUUAAUGAGACAGAGGAAGUGAGAUUGUCUAUAAAUCAAUCUCGUGAAAAAUCACAUUGUAAAAAUGAUUUACAAGAACAUCUUUUAGAUUCACAUGGGAUUUCUCCAUUCACACCAAUACUAACAAUGUGUAUUGAUUCCGAAUCACCAAAGAUGGGAAGUAUAGACAUAGAGUACUACCUACCAAUAAUGGUUAUGGUGUUGAUAGAGUUUACAUAUGCAGGUGUGAAUCUUGGCACAAGAAUUGCUCUUUUGCAGGGUAUGAGUCCAAGAGUAUUUGUAGUCUACCGUCAUGCUUUUGCAACUAUUCUUCUUGCUCCCAUUGCUUAUUUUUCAGGGAGAUCAAACUCUGCCUCGUGCUCCUUAAAUUUAAAGAGUUCUUGCUUGAUAUUCUUCACCUCACUAAUUGGCAUUACAUUGAAUCAAAAUUUAUAUUUGGAGGGUCUAUAUCUAGCUUCAUCUUCAAUUGCAAGUGCCAUGUCCAAUGUUGUUCCAGCACUCACAUUUGUAAUAGCAGCUUUUGCAGGAAUGGAGAGAUUGAAUGUUAAGAGUUUGAGAAGUAUAGCCAAAAUAGUUGGUUCAAUGAUAUGUGUAAGUGGAGCAGUGUGUAUAGCAUUUUUGAAGGGUCCAAAGCUACUCAAUUUACAAAAUCUUCCUUCAAAAUCAAUCAUAAUAGGCACAACAACCUCUGGAAGUGAUGAUAAUUGGUUGCUUGGAUGUUUGUGUCUUAUUGGAAAUUGUGUUGCCUGGUCAAUGUGGCUCAUUUUGCAGGUUCCAGCUUAUGCAAGCCAUCCUAAUUAUUUAUCAUUUACAGCUUGGAUGUGUUUCAUAUCAACAUUACAAUCAUCAGUACUGACAUUUCUCUUGGAGCCAGACCUAAAUGCAUGGAAGAUUAAUUCUCUUUUUCAAUUUGGUUGCAUUUUAUAUUCGGGAAUAAUAGGAUCUGCAUUAGCAUUCUCUCUGCAAGCUUGGUGCAUUUCAAAGAGAGGGCCUCUCUUCUGUGCUAUGUUUAAUCCUCUUUUCACAUUCAUUGUCACUCUAUUGGCUGCUUUGUUGCUUCAUGAGGAAAUAUACAUUGGAAGCUUGAUAGGUGCAAUUGGAGUGAUCAUUGGCUUGUAUGUACUGCUUUGGGGUAAAGCUGAAGAUGAAGUUGGUUUGAAAGAUAAGAUAGAUCCAAAAUCAAUGGUUAAUGAGACAGAGGAAGUGAGAUUGUCUAUAAAUGAAUCUCGUGAAAAAACACAUUAUAAAAAUGAUUUAGAAAAACAUCUUUUAGCUUGAUUAAUCUAAAUUACAUUAUUAAUAUUGAAUGAAAGGAAUUUAUGUUAGAAUUAAUUAAUGUUA